AUGUGCCGCGCCCGUUCACGCGCCCCGCGUGUGCUGGUGGGCAUCGAGUCCCAGCUGGAGGCGGGGGACGAGCGCGCGGUGGCGGCGCACCUGGUGGAGCGCGAGGAGGAGCUGCGGCAGCUGCAGCAGGAGUGCGCCGCCAGGGAGGCGGCCUGCGAGGUCAGGGCGGCCGCAGCGGCAGACCAGGCGGAGGCGGCAGCCCAGAGGGCGGAGACGGCAGAGGCCGCAGCACAGCGCGCAGAGAGGGCGUUGGCCAAGGCCUCGGCCAAGCUGGGGGCCGCCGUGCAGCAGAACGAGGCCCUGAUGACUCACCUGUCGGAGGCGUCUGGCCGCGAGCUGGUGCUGCGCCAGGAGCUGAGUGUGGCCCAGGACAAGGCCGCGACAGAGGCCUUCCGCCUGCGCACGCGCCUCAAGGAGGCGGAGUUCCGGCUGCAGGAAGCGCGGCGGCGGCUGGCGGCGCUGCAGCUGAGCAGCAAGGGGCUCACGCUGGACCAGGCCCAGAGCAUCCUGCAGGGAGAGGACAACCCCGUGGCCCAGGUUCUGGUGACGCGCAACGCUGAGCUGGCGCUGGCGGAGCGCCGCCUGGAGGAGGCCGGGGCCCAGGUGCAGGCGGCCCGGGACGAGGGGGCGCGCAAGCUGGAGGCGCUGGAGCGGCGCCACCGGUGCGAGCUGGCGAAGCAGGCUGAGGAGCGGGAGCGGCUGAGGCGGCGCGAGCUCCAGCUUGAGUAUGAGCGGGACAGCGCUUUGCGUCGGACCCAGGAGCUCGAGUCGGUGCUGCUGGCGCUGGAGGGCGGUGAACCAGGUCGCCAGGGUGCCGCGGGAAGACAAGGCUUUACGGCUGGCGCUGCAGGCAGCAUUUCCGGCCACCAACGGCAGCCGGGCCCCGUGGCCCGUGCAGGCGCAACCACCUCUGGGGCUGGGGCGUUGGAGCCGUGCCUGCAGGGGAGCUGGUCAAUCGCCAGCAGCACUGGCGCGCCUGUCAGCAGCAACCACACUGCAGCCAUGGCCGACCACGGCCCUCAGCAGCAGCAGCAUCAGCAGCAGCAGCCUGACGCAGAGGAGCAUGCAGCAGCUUAUCAGGCGUCAGACGGUGAUGGCCUGCCGGAGGUUGAGGAGCAGCUGGCGCCCAGCCCGCAGCUGCGGCCCGUCACCUUCCUGCAGGCAGGGCCUGGGCCCGGCGCCGGCAGCGAGGCGCCCUCCUUCCUGGGCCUCGGCAGGCCUGGCGUCGUGUCUGGCUGGGCCGGCGGGGCCGAGGGGGCCCUCGUGCGGCAGGGCCCUGACGGGCGCGGCGGUCAGCGCAAGCAGGUGGCGGACCAGGUGCGGGCAGGGCCAGGUGGCGCAAAGCAGCUGAAGCUGUCCUCCUUUUUUGGAGGCGGCGGCUCCAAGGCGGUGCGGUGA